AUGGAACAGCAAACUCCAAAUGACCGGCCAUAUCGGUCCCACCUCCGGCCGGCCUGUCUCCCGUGCAGGAAGCGUAAAUCGCGGUGUCAGUCUGAGGCCUCCUCCGAGACAUGUCUCAUGUGCCGGGCGCACCGCACCGACUGCGUGUUUCCCUCUGGGCCGAGUGGGACCCCGGGUGCCCGGCGUCGGCGGCAGACCCGGUCAUUCGGGGCUUCUGCUCGGCGUAGUACGGUACCCCAGUCCACUACAGACGCCUCAAUUCUUGAGCAUCCAGACUCUAACACGGAAGCGAACUCACUUCUUAAUCAAGCUUCUGUUCCGAUAUCCAACACCCCUGUUGGUGCUGCCCAGGGUUCUUCAAGAAAUCGAGAGUGGCCACCGCAUCAAGACAUUCAACAAGACGAGUCCCCCCUGGCACUAGGAUCGAACGAUGAGCAGCAACACAACCUCCACAUUGUCGGACCGGCAGUCACGUCGGACAAUCAAGUCUUGUCCGACUACCUAUCCGCAAUGCCCAGUGCAACACGAGGCUCCAGGAUGGUCAUUCCGGUGCCGGGUAAUAGAUCCCGGCCCGUCUUGUUCACCAUGGUGCAGAAGCAGCCGCUGGGGCUCGACUCGAAUCGCAGCCUUCCCGCAGAAAAGCUCCAGGUGGUUGAGAAGGUUCUGGAGCCUUUCAUGGCGGAUUUAUUAGACGUCUACUUUGAGAAGGUCAAUUCAUCCUUUCCUCUUCUAGAUGAGACGUCAUUUCGAAGGCAGUACAGUACAAACAAAGAUGGGAUAUCUCCUGCACUUCUGGCGAGUUUAUACGCGCACUCAAUGACAUUCUGGGGUAGCUCUCCCAGUCUCUCUCGCCAAAGGCGCCCUGAUGGGCGCUUCAUCUGGAACCUUGCUACAGAAGCUACUUACUCGCAGCUGUAUCGAUCUCCAGGAAUGUCAAUAAUCGAAGCAAUACUAUUGAAUGUGGGCGGUCGACCAACUACGUCCCUCAUUGGCAAUGGUGUGCUGCUUGGGUCUGCUGUAGCCAUGGUUCACUCGCUCGGAUUGAAUCACAAUCCGAUUCCUUGGGAGAUACCACAGUCUGAGAAGAAUCUGCGGAUGAGAAUUUGGUGGGCUCUACUAGUCCAUGAUAAAUGGACAAGUCUCUCUCAUGGGACACCCCCACACAUCUCAAAGACGCAAUACGACGUGCCUUCACCUACAAUAGAGAACAUCUGUGAAAAGGGUUCUUCGGCAGAGAAAGUAUUAAAAGCUUCCAUCUAUUUGGCUCUUGUUGGGUUGACCGACGUCUUGGAUCUGCACUUGAAGCACAUCUACCAGCUGAGGAAGCCGGAUGAUCUCGGAGAUGUCACUCAUCUGGAGCUCGCUCUCAACAACUGGAUCGACUCUUUAAACGACAGAGUUCGCCGAGUGAUUAUCCGAGGAACGAACCUCGACAUUCCAGGGGCACCGAAUCUGCGUUUGGCUUACCUCACUGUCCGGCUUCUGCUCCAACGGAUUGAGCUCGAGGCCGAGAAACGCAUCUCCAACGCUGGAGAUGGUCGUUUACUGAACUGCUACAUGGAAGCUCGAAGAACGUCAGAAGAGAUGCUCAUCUUGACUCAAGAGUUGCAACCUGAGCAUCUUGCUGAUUUCUGGCUACCCAGCAGUGCCUUUUCAUUCCCGGCCGCCGUGAGCUUCCUCCUAAGGUGCGCUCUGGAGACGGAGAAUUCCCCUUCUGGCCUUUCACAGAGCAACUCGUUAAAAAUUGCAUCUGAUCUUCUCACCGCUCUUCGAUCUCACAAGGAGAAGCACGCAUGGGAUCUUGGAGAUAUCUGCCUCGCGCAGCAUACCGAGGUUGUGGACAAGCUUCUGGCCAUGGUACCUGAAGACCCUGGGCCAGACGGGGCUUCAGAUUUCUCGGAAUUCGCUAUGCUUGAUCCUUCUUUUAUCGAUCAAUUCCUCCCGAGCCUAUGGGAUCCUCUGCAGAAUGCGUGGUAG